AUGGACGUAUCUGAUGAUCGAUAUUACGGCUCCCAAACGCCGGACCGUUCCGAGACUAACAGCCCGCGAUCACAAAUGAGUAGCCCAAAUUCGACAUCAUCGAUCAACGUCACGGACCAGUCUAUAACUAUGUCGCAGCAUCAACAGAACCUUGAGACCUUAAAUCGUAUGGGGAUGUUCUUCCACGCGCAACAGAUGCAUCUAAAUCAGAGCUUCGACGCUGUGAAGACGAGGUUAGGCUUGACCCAAGUGCCCAAUGUUAACCAGGGUCCUCGACACACGAUAGAUGCGAUACUGGGACUAAACGGAAGUAGGCAGGCGAGAGUUCAGAGUGAGUUUGAGCAGAGAAGAGAGGAGAGGGAGCGCGAGUGUGAUGCUGUGCCUGUGUCGCCCGGCGCCGUGGAAAGCGCGGGUGAAGGUUCAUGCAAUAGCAAUGAUGGUUUCCAAGCACCGGUAGAUGAUAAAUCAGCCAGUGACGAUGACGCGCCUCGUCCAGGUUCCGCAGCGGAUAAAAAGAAACAUCGCAGGAACCGUACAACGUUUACCACCUACCAGCUGCACGAGCUGGAGCGAGCUUUCGAAAAGAGCCACUACCCAGACGUGUACUCACGGGAGGAACUCGCGAUGAAAGUCAACUUGCCUGAAGUCAGAGUUCAGGUGUGGUUUCAAAACCGCCGUGCAAAAUGGCGGAGGCAAGAGAAAAUGGAGGCAGCAAGACUCGGCCUUUCAGAGUAUGGUGCUCCAGUACCUAGGCUAUCUGGUCUUGGCCUUCCAGUCGACCCGUGGCUGGCACCACCGCUACUCACCGCUUUACCAGGUUUCUUAAGUCACCCUCCAUCUGGGUACCCAAGUUACCUGACUCCCCCCGCGCCGGCUGCCCCUGCACCUGCCCCGGCACCUGACCCACGGUCCUCAUCCAUUGCAGCCUUACGUCUCAAGGCCAAGGAACACGUGGAAAGUAUAAGCAAGGGUCUCCAGAUGGUUUAG